GGCAUCUACAAAAGUACUGCAGCAGACACUGUUCUCGCCAGUCGAGUUUUCUCAGAACUCUUUGCCCCCCCUCUCCCCGCUUGCACUGUGCGGUCGGCUUCGACAGUCUCCGCCGUCAAAAUGAUCCAGCAUCGUAUGCUCUCGAAAGAGGACGAAGUCGCCGCCGGUGGUGAGGAAAACGAAGUCCGCCGCGAGGACCAGGAGAAGAUCAACCGAUUCAGUCGACUGCACCAGCGGGAAUCCAUGCUGGAAGAGCAGCUGAAGGCCAAACAGAAAGACAAGGAAGACCUGGAGGAGAUCUCAACGGAAUUGGAACUAGCCGAUGAAGACGAACUGGUUCCCUACAAGAUCGGUGAUUCCUUCUUUCAAUUACCGUUGGAAGAGGCACAGUCACUCCUCUCCACAUCCACAGACCAGAUCGAUUCGGACGUCUCUCGCCUAGAGGAGUCUCUGGAGGAGAUUCGUGAGGAGCUUCAACAGCUUAAGGUGUCGCUGUACGCCCGGUUUGGACGCAGCAUUAACCUAGAAGUCUAACAGGGACUCCCCACACCAUAGCAUUGAUAGACUGACGAGGGAGAGAAUAUAUCAUUUCCUCUCAAAAUGAACGGCC